CAUACUGGAUACUGCUGUAACCUGUGAGAAAUCAUUUUCCCCCUUCCCUCUGAAAAUCGCCCUCCGCAACUCUGCGAUCCCACCGCCCAGAAGGCAGUCUUUCAACGCGGGAGGCGGCUCUGUUUUGCGACUCCUUUGAAGUCCAGCCGGCCCAGCUGUGUUUUCAUUAGCUGCUAAAGAAAUCCGUCAGCCGGCUGGCCAGCCUACCGGGGCUGACAGCCGCGUACGUUUCGCUCAUUUUUUUUUUCUCCUCCAGCGCGGAUGAGAGAGAAAACAGAGGGAGAGGAUUUGGAAACGCUGUAUUUUGAUAGGAUUGCGAUAAGGCGAUGACUGAUUCCGUGCGCUCGCGAUUCUGAAGCUCCACAGCUAGCGGGGUCUGUAGGGAAGCGGUGCAGGACCGGAGUUUAUCCGUUUUGUUUUCAGAGAGGAAACCCCGAAUCGUUAUUCCCGUGGCAGGCUCUUGCCAACUUGGAUACUCGAAUCCACGAAUUUGUAACUGCCUGUUUCACUUCUGGGUUAUCAUAAUAGGCGAUUUUGAAGAGAAGAAAUCCGGAGAAGUUGUCUUCUUACACCGCUGGAUCACAGACAAGACACGGAGCAGGAGGCUGAAGAGACGCUUAAUGCUGGUUUCAAAGCCAUGCCGGGGCUCUUUUUAACUGACACCAUUUACACUUCAACGUAUUCAGCUAUAAAUUGUAAUUAGAUGAAAUAAAGUUAAUGCAGUUAAUGUGUUUGCUGAGUGAUCAAAUCCUACCAAAGUCCUAACUCGUUUUCAACUGAUGGUGAGGUCUGACGGAGAACUUACCACGCUGAACUCGGACUGGGACUGCUUUUCACAGCGAGCCCGGUCAAACUGCUGUCUAUAUAGUACGCCGCUUUAAAGCCAGCUGAAUCACUUAUAUUAUCUUUGGGAAAGAUCCGCUACUUUGCAUAUUCAUUUUUAACGGUGGAAGGGUAGCCCAUCUUUGUGGAGGUUAAUUUUCUGUUGCCUCGUUAUGCUUUUUUUCUCCAUUGACAGUAAAGCAAGGCAUCUGUAACACAACCUAUUGAAACACGAGGGAACAACUUUCCAGUUUCCGAGUUGUGUUAAAAUUACCUUUUUUUCCCCCCAACCGUAUCAGUGUCUGCAUGCCCAGUGUUAACUUUUUGUUGCACGCAAUAAAUAAGGAGCAAUAACAGGGAAGACAGCAAGGGAUUGUAUUUUGAAAUUACUGUAUAUUAACUGCCUACAAAAAAAAAUGGUUUUUCGGAAGUUACCCGGCGUUUCGGCAUCUGGUAUGGGGCUUCGCUUAUCUCAGAAAUUUGUGUUUUUACUUUUCUUAUCGGGUUUGGUAACUCUCUGCUUCGGGGCCCUGUUCUUUUUACCUGACUCUGUUCGCUUAAAACGCAUUUUUUUACCCAAGAGGGAAAAUGCACCGUUGGCCGUGGAACUGGAGAACGGGGCAGGGGAGCACGGUCUAAAGCCCGACAAGGACUACGAACACUUGCCAGGAAUCACCCCAGGAAAGGGGGAUACGAGCACAAAAAUGAAAGCCACCAGCCGCAAAUCCUCCGCUACCAGGGAGGCAAAAAAUGCGGAGAAAACCGCAGUUAAAACCCAGGAGAACUGGAACCAGUCGCGAUCGAAAGGCGCCCCAGUCAAGUAUCGGCUCCCGGAGAACAAAGUGGAGCAGCGAGAGCAGGGGAAGGGGACAGUCUUUUCCAAAGACAGUGAACACGGAUCCUCCUUUGAUUACGAGAAGUUUAAAAAAUGUCUGCUGAGACCUCCUUUGGGGGUCGAUGGAGGCAAGCCGAGCGACGUCCAGACACAGAAACGGAGGGAGAAAGUGAAAGAGAUGAUGAAGUUUGCCUGGGAUAACUACAAGAGGCACGCGUGGGGGAAAAACGAACUGAGGCCCCUAACCAGAAAUGGACACGUAGGGAACAUGUUUGCAUUAAAUUUCAAGUCUACCCACAACAUCCUGAUAGGAUUUGUGUCUGAGGGCUCCGGCAGCCAGUCCAUAACUAAUGGAGAAGCAUCCUUGUUUGAAGUGAACAUCCGUUACGUCGGUGGACUGCUUUCAGCAUACUACCUGACAGGCGAAGAGGUUUUCCGGAGAAAAGCCGCAGAGCUGGGUGCGAAGCUGUUACCUGCUUUUAACACUCCCACUGGUAUUCCAAGAGGAGUCAUCAAUUUGGGCAGUGGCACUAGUUGGAGUUGGGGCUGGGCAUCAGCAGGAAGCAGUAUUUUGGCAGAGUUUGGCACCUUGCACCUGGAGUUUGUUCACCUGAGUGAAAUCACCAGUAACCCGCUUUAUUCUGAGAAGGUCAUGAACAUUCGAAAAGUGCUGAACAAAAUUGACAAGCCCCAAGGGCUCUAUCCCAACUUCCUCAGCCCAGUCAGUGGCAACUGGGUGCAGCAUCAUGUUUCUAUCGGAGGCCUUGGGGACAGUUUCUAUGAGUAUUUGAUCAAAUCAUAUCUGAUGUCAGACAAGACAGAUGAAGAAGCCAAGAAAAUGUAUUAUAAUGCUCUGGAGGCUAUAGAAACCAAUCUGGUGCAGAAGUCUCCAGGAGGCCUCACCUAUUUUGCAGAAUGGAGAGGGGGGAUCCUGGACCACAAGAUGGGUCACCUGGCGUGUUUCUCCGGCGGGAUGAUCGCCAUAGGAGCGGAAGACGGAGAGGCGGAGAAGCACCAGCACUAUAUGGACCUUGCUGGAGAGAUCACGCACACCUGCCACGAGUCCUACACGCGGUCAACCACGAAGCUCGGCCCGGAGGCGUUCAGAUUUGACAGCGGUUCCGAGGCCAUGGCCACACGGCUCAGUGACAGAUACUACAUCCUGCGCCCCGAGGUGGUGGAGAGCUAUAUGUACAUGUGGAGGCUGACACACGACUUGAAGUACAGGCAGUGGGGCUGGGAGGCUGUACAGGCGCUCGAGAAACAUUGUCGAGUGGAAGCAGGGUUUUCUGGCAUCAGAGAUGUCUACACUAGUACGCCUGUCCACGACAACAUGCAACAGAGUUUCUUUUUAGCAGAAACCUUGAAGUAUCUGUACCUGCUGUUUUCUGAUGACAGCCUCCUCCCGCUAGAGGACUGGGUGUUCAACACUGAAGCCCACCCUCUGCCCGUGGUCCGACGCCAGUGCAUGAGAGGAGACAGGGACAGCGAGUCCCAGGCGUGGGGGCAGCAGCAGAAGGAGCAAUAGCACACCCCCCUUGCUGGAGGAGACGAGCCUUCAGCCACUCCACUGGGUUGAGAUUUCAUUUCCUUUCCAGUAAAGGAUUUCGUCAUUAUGCUGUGAUUGUAUUUUGUGAGCCGGCUGUCCACUGUGAAGGACGCCAGCGUUUCCGUGGACAAUCAGACAAUGUUAAGAGCACUUUCUCUCUCGCAUUCUUUCCUCUAUGAGGAAAACUAGUGGCCACAAACAGGGGCUGCUGAGUUUUGGGCCAUAUUGUGAAAUCAAAAACCACUGAGCUACUUAUGAUCACUUGCUUAGUUAUACAUUAUACAGUAUAUGUGUGUGCGCACGCAUAUAUAUGUAUGGUAUUUUCUUUGUGUUGAUUUGACCAAAGGAUAUUUUUUCAUUGUUUUACUUUUUGCCCAUACUGUACCUCCCUUACAGCUUUGUGAUCCUUUCCCUUUUUUCAACUUUUAUUUGGCUUUUAGAGAUCGUAGGUAUAGCACAUUUAUCUGACUGGUGGAAUAUGAUAUUAAUGAACUCGAGCUAUAUAUUCAAAGUAUAUAAUUCUCCUGGACUUUUUAAAACAUUUUUACUGUGUUUCCUCAGAUACAUCUGUAAUAAAUAACCCUCUUUUGGAAGACGGGAUAAGUAAAAGGGCCUUUGUACAGUUUGUUUAUAUUCUUUUUUUUUUCCCCUUGCUUCAUUAAUUAUGCUCUUCUCGUUUGGCUCAGCAGUGCAACUUAGCCUGCCGCUAACUGCCGAGCAUUUAAGACAUCCUGUCACUGGGUGCAGACUGGCUGCAGACUGCGGACUUUCAUUAUAAAGAAACUUGACUAGUGACAAGUAAUUAAAAAGUUUCCACCACGCGGAAGAGCACCAAGUGAAAUUUUGGCACACGAGCAGCAUCCUUGCUAGGCAAGCUCACUGAAUCGCAAACAGGAAGACAUAAUUAUCAGGUAUGAAGCGCAACCAGCUUUUUAUAGAUGAGUUGCUGUUUUGGCAGCAGUAAUUUUACAGCUGACUUUGUUGACCCUUGAGGAGGGAGGCCGCAGUGCCUCUGUGUUCUAUUUACUGUGACUUCGCAUUCCUGUUCAGUGUAUUUUUUUUUUGUUGCUUUUCUCUCAGGUGCUUAUGUAAAACAGAACAAGAUGGUUCUUUUUUGGAUUCUGUUGUUAAUUUGACCUGUUUUGCCUCACAUACUUUGUUGAAAUUUUGAAAAUGCCGGUAAAAAGGUUUGUGCAACUUUGUACAUUUCAAA